AGGAUCCCGCUCAACGACGAUGUCCACGAAAAGGGUCAACGCAUGAGCUCCAGGCGAGCACUUCAAGAGAGACAAUUCAACGAGAUCAAAAAGGCUGCAACCCCUCGCAAGGUCAGCCUCCGCCGCGACGACAUGGAGAACUCGCCAGGAGCCGAUCCCCGCACUCCCCACGGCAGCCGAAGCAUUAACAUUGACGAUGAUGAGGGUUUUGUAGUAGGCGGAACUGCGGUCACGCCUAUGAAGCGUGUCCCGAUUCUCGCCAACUUUGAAGAGUGGAUGAAGAUGGCGACCGACAACAAGAUCAACGCUACAAACUCGUGGAACUUUGCCCUCAUCGACUACUUUCACGACAUGUCGCUCUUGAAAGAGGGUGAUGGUGUCAACUUUCAAAAGGCCAGUUGCACCCUGGAUGGGUGUGUCAAGAUUUACACAAACCGAGUCGACAGUGUCGCAACCGAGACGGGCAAGCUGCUGAGUGGUCUUGCCGAUAGCAACAAUUCCAAGAAGAAGGACCGGGAUGGCGAAGAGGGCGAGGAUAGCGACGAGGAAGAGCUGGAUGAGAAUGGCAACGUGAAGAAAAAGCCCAAGAAGAAGACGCAACGAUCAUCCGAAGCUACCUUGGCCCCAUCUUUCAACUCAUUACAGCUCAAGAAAUUUGAGCUAGAAUUUGCCGUUGACCCCCUCUUCAAGAAGGCGUCUGCCGACUUUGACGAGGGCGGUGCCAAGGGACUUCUGCUAAACCAUCUCAUGAUUGACUCACAAGGACGUAUCGUUUUUGACAGCAGUGACGACUCUGGAGACGCAAACACCCUAGGAAAAAAGAAGUCUGAGGAUUUCGGCGACGAGGAAGAUGAGGAAGCCGAACCACUAGAGGAAGAGCCUAUCGAAGAAGAAGAAGAGGAGGAAGCUGAUGUCGAGAUCGAUGUGGGGGCUCUGGGAGCCAAGUUCAUCCCCGAUUUGCAACGGCUCGACGAACUCGACGUGUGCCCUUCUCUCAAGACGUUUGAUUUGGGAGAUCCCUCUGGAUCCAUGAAUAUCCCCUUCCUGAAGGCACCCGAGGACUGGAGGCAAGAUCAGGACAAGGAAAAGACUCCAGGCGCUCUAGGUGACAUCUCCGGACUGGUCAUCGACGGCGACGCUCCUGCUGGCUUUGAUGACGACGACCUCGGACUGGGCUCCUUCGACGUGCUGGGCGAGGUCGCGUUCGGUGAGGGUGGUGAAGCAUGGGCCCGAGAAGCCGCCUUGGAGCCGCAGAUGCGAGUGUAUGACGCCGGUCUCGGUGAAGAAGGCGGUGACGGAGAAGGGUUUGACAACAAUGGAGAGUACGUGGUCUCGAUGACCAGUGCACAAAAGGCGGACAAGAUGCACGAAGAUAUCCUUGGAUUCUUUGAUCAGGCAUUGCAGAAGAACUGGUCAAGCGCCGAGCACUGGAGAAUCCGGAAGAUCAAGGAUGUCAACAAGCCUGCGGGCGAGACCAAGAAGCGCAAGGAAAAGGAGCCCUUCGAGAUUGACUUUGCGGCACCUAUCGACUCUCAUGCGUUUGAUGUCCUAUACACACAGGCUGCCAGCAACUCUACUAUCAGCAUGCCCAAGAAGGACUGGAAGUCCAAGUCACGCAACCUCCUUCCUGACGACAAGCACUUCAACUCCAAGUCCCUACUGAACUUGUUCUUGAAGCCCAAGGCCCGAAUGGGCAGACGACGAACUGGAUUUGGCGCUCGGGCCGGUGGCUUCGGUAACACUGGCCAGGACAACCAGCCCGAAGGAGAGAUGGACGAGGCGUUCUGGGCUAAGCAAAAGGCGCCCAUGCAGAACUCGGACGACACAGCGCUUCCACAGGGUGAUUAUGACGCCAACUUCUUCCAAGAUGACGGCAUGCCGUUCCCCGGUGGUGACUUGGACGACGACGAUGAUCUCGAAUUUUCAGAUGCACGGGAGCAUUUCUCACCAGGGGUGGAUGGCCCAGCUGGCCUGACAGAGGGCGGUGGUCUCACAGCUCUCCUCGGCGGCGAGACGGUGACCAAUACUGGAGCAUUCGGAACAACGCUGGUCACUCAGACAAGGAGGGUGCGGCCAGAGUACGUCCAAUACGCAAGAGUGGCCAAGAAGGUGGACGUCCGAAGACUCAAGGAGGAGAUCUGGAAGGGCAUGGAUAUGGAGGUUCUGGAGGUAAGUUUGUGGAAACCUGCCCAGACCCCUGCCGAGGCAAACCAGGAUGAGCCACUCAAGUUUACUUCGGUCAUGAACAACCUGCAAGCGGUAUAUCCCAAGCCGGUGAUGGAUGAUAUCUCGACAUCAUACUGCUUCAUCUGUCUGCUGCACUUGGCCAACGAAAAGGGUCUAGUGAUUGAGAAGACGGCUGACCUAUCAGAGUUGGAGAUCCGCAAGGACUGGACGGCAGAGAUUGAGGAAGAGUAA